AUUUGUAUUAGCCGGAGCCGGCUCGCUAAUGGUGGACGGGUGAGGCGCGGCGCGAGCGCGCAGGCGGCCGGAGCGGGCAGCGCGGCGGCGCCAUGUCGGUGAACAUGGAUGAGCUCAAGCACCAGGUCAUGAUCAACCAGUUCGUGCUGACGGCGGGCUGCGCUGCGGACCAGGCGAAGCAGCUGCUGCAGGCAGCCCACUGGCAGUUCGAGACGGCCCUCAGCGCCUUUUUCCAGGAGACCAACAUCCCCUACAGCCACCACCACCACCAGAUGAUGUGCACUCCUGCCAACACCCCUGCCACACCCCCCAACUUCCCUGAUGCUCUCACCAUGUUCUCACGUCUCAAGGCCUCAGAGAGCUUCCACAGUGGCAGUAGCGGCAGCCCAAUGGCCACAACAGCUACAUCGCCCCCUCCACACUUCCCCCAUGCCACCACUGGCAGCUUUGUGGCACCCAGCUGGCCAACUGCAGGCUCACCCCCUGGGGGCCCACAGCACCACCAGCCGCAGCCAUCCCUGUGGACUCCAGCACCCCCUUCUCCGGCUUCAGACUGGCCACCCCUGGCCCCUCAACAAGCUGCUUCAGAACCCAGGGCUCACCCUGCCAUGGAGGCAGAGAGAUAAGGGAGGCCCCUCCCCCCUCCCGGAGGCCAGGACCCCGUGGGGCGGGGGAGAGGAUGUCUUCAUGGGCCCCCUUCACCCCUCUGUUUGCACCCUUGCGCCCUGGAGCCCUGGAGGGGAGAGAUGGACUCUAGCCAGGCAGGGAUACAUCUUGUGGCAACAUGCACAGCUUCACGCAUGCAAGUUCAUGGAGCAAAGGCAUGCGGUCUCCAGCUCACGGAUUUGGCUCAAAGUGGCUUGGGUGCCUGGUGAGCAGCACCUUGGAGACCAAACAGCCUUCCCACGAGGACUCACCCACCCUGCCCUAGCUCAGGGUCACUGUGGACAGUCACCCAGCAGAGACAUGGCUGGCUACUGACUUGGAGCUCCCUACAGCUGACAAACCUAGAUCCCCACACUCGGGAAUGCAGAGCCUUCUCCGCAUGUGUGCGUGUAGCCAUGUCUAUAUAUUUAUAUGUAUGUCGCUCUUUAAAAAGCAACCUAGUUUAUGGGGCAGCUGGACUUUGCAUGUUAGAGUGAGCCCCAAGCCCCAUGCCCAUCACCCUUCUCCCCAGGGCCCUGCCUCGCCCCACUCCCCCCUUGUCAGCCUGCACUGCUGUUCCCCAAAAGAAAAGGUUUAUGGGAAACUCCAGGACUCUUCCUUCCCAUCCCCAGUGCCUGCCUGCUGGGGCUGUCUGCAUGCCUUCCCCAGAGCCCAGGGGUACCUGAUCUCCACUUUUCUUUCCCCGUUUUAACAGAAGAAAGAAUUCCAAACUAUCA